AUGCGAUUUUCACCCACAAUCACCACCGACCGGCCUCCACCACCAACUCGUCGGAAUAGUUUCAACCCUUUCGCCGGAUUGCGUUCCAAACCCGACGACAGUAGCUUCUUCGACAUCAAUUGUCGACGACGCAUUAAUCAUAUACAAAGGAGAUUGGAUUGUUAUUUAGGUGAAAUAUCAAGAAACAACAGUACUCUUGGGGCAAAUCGCAUCUAA